AUGGACGACUAUCUGGAUAGUCCUAUGGACGCCGAUGACAUAUUUCCUUGCAAAGGAUGUGGUCUGAUCCUCGAGGAGGGCAAAGCCUUCGAGCUUGCCGGAAACAGAUGGCAUCUCGAUUGCUUCCGAUGCAACACUUGCAACACUCUCCUCGAUUCGGACGCCAACCUACUGCUGCUCGGCGAUGGCUCUCUGAUUUGCAACAAUUGUACCUACAGCUGCAGCGCUUGUGGGAAUAAGAUAGAGGACCUCGCAAUUCUGACAGGAGACCAGGCAUUCUGCGCGACAUGCUUUCGGUGCAGGAACUGCAAGCGGAAGAUAGAGAAUUUACGCUAUGCCAGAACCUCGCACGGAAUCUUCUGCAUGAACUGCCACGAGUCAUUGAUGGCGAGACGGCGCAAGAAAUCCAAGGCAGCAGCACAGGCGAAGCAGAGGGAGAAAGAUGCCUCUCCCAUGAUCACAGACAAGUCGCUGCCAGCAUUGCCACCGAAUGCUGUGCCCCCUAAUGGCUUCUCGGGCGAACGUGUGACGCCCGAUUCCGAUACCCCGACCGAGCUGUCUCCCCGUCCCCGAGCAGCGUACGGCAGAAACGAAUCAUCAUCUCGAAACGGAUCAAGGCCCGAUCGUUCCCCAGAACGGCCCCAGGUGUCCGCCAAGGAGUCCUCCCUAGCUCCUGCUGGCCAGAGCUAUAAGCAUAACCGGAAUUCGACCAUCGUCUCGGCAGAUCUGAAUAACGGGGAUUCCGAGGGCUUUUUCAUUCCCGUUGCGCUCGAUCCCAGUCCUGCACCUUCGCUGACGCCGCAGUCGAUGUCGGAUGCGCUCGCCGAAUCGAGCAGGAGGAACAAGGACAGCGACUAUUUCAAUGCGCCAAAGCCGCUUCCUCCCCCCGAAAAGCGGUCCGACUCCCAGGCGACGCCCCAUAUCGCAUUCCAGGAGAAAGGACGGCAGCCAUCUUCCGACUAUGAGAUUCCCCAGCAUGAGCGGCCGGCCAGGAAACUGUCCAAAAGGAAUGGAGCUUCAAAAGUUUCACCUGGUGCCGGGGACGACAGGAAGGUUUCUGGUGCAAGAACGCAGCCGGGCGACGAUUUCAGGCUUCAAGACGCCCCGAGGGGCAAGAAGGCUUCGAAUUCCAGGAGCAACUCUGUGUCUCUCAAUUCUCUAGACGUGCCUACGCCUGCCAAAGCGCCUCCGCCCCCGCCACGGAACACAGAGGUUCCAACGGACACUGAUGUUGACUCACCCGCCCAGCCUGGGCUACCGGACAAAGGUCCUCCCUCAAGGUCUUCCCAAGACUCCCGGCGGAGAGAUGACGAUGCGGUUCGACCGUCGCACGACCCAACAAUUUCCGGUCGGCCGGAAGCUCCCCCUGCGAAAGCUAUCAAUAGAAAGGAGAUUCCACAGAACCCGCGGAAUGUGAAUGGCAAUGACUCUGGUCUUCCCACACGGCCCGUCUUUCCUGAGACGAAACUGAGCGACACGUAUAUGUCACCCAGGGCCCCGCCCCAGCCGCCCACGCAGGCCCCCAAGGAGCCGACAAGCGCAGCGAGCGAGGGGGCGGAGCCGAAAUUGCCGCGAUGGAGCUCCGGCGGCGAUUUCAGCCUGGACGAAGAUAUGGCUCGAAUCUUGGGCACCGAUGAAGGCUCAUCUUCUAUCCUACGGCGCGUAUCGAAUGCCGUUCGGCAUGGCCGAAAUAGCAGCAGCGAGACCGGCAACAACCACGGCAGGCUUGGCCAUAGCAGGAGCGUGAGUGAGACGACAAGGGGGACGGUAUCACCCCGUUGGCCUAGAACCCCUAUUGCUGAAGAUCCGGGGCAUGGUGGGCAGAUGCCCGACAUCAGCAGCCCUAUGUCACUCUCCGGCGGCGCGCAGGACGAUCCGGCGUUUUUGAAGCGACAGCUCAGGAAUUCAGAGCAGCGAGUAGCGGAGUUGGAACGGCAGUUCAACACGGAGAAAGACCUGAAGAGCUUGAAUAAAAAGCUAAUCGAGAAGAGGAAAACGGUUUCGGUUCUGGACACUCAGACAGAGAUCAUGAUUCGCCAAAUUGAAGUUCUGGCCAAAUACGUGGAGCGGGCGAAAAAGACGGGCGAGCCGAUCGACACCCGAGAGCUCGAGGAAUCGGCCAUCAAGGAGUUUGUGCAAAAGCUGGACAAGGUCAAGCAGAGCAUGACAGCAACUAUCGAGCAGCUCCAUGCUGAACGAGACGAGCUUCUGGACCAGAAGAACCAGGCAAUUGCUGAUCGAGACCGGGCGCUGCUCGAGUUCGAGCAGCUUUCGUCCAAGAACGCUCAGCUAGCUGACAUGAAUAACGACCUGACUCACCAGAUACAGGAGAGGUUUAAGCAGCAGGUUAACAAUAGCGACAUCAGGAUGUCGCCCAGUGGCCUGGGCAUCUACAGCCAUGCCAAGGGAGUAUCGACGGCAUCAGUCAACAUGGACGCGGCCAGCUUACAGACGGGCACUACAAUGAUUGGCACUGACGCCGAAGAGCCGGUCGUUGAGGGCCCCACCGUCGUAAAUAUCCGGAAGGGCCAAGUCAAGAAAUUCAAUUGGAAGAAGGGAUCGAGCAAAGUUGCACACAACAUCACUAGAGGAAUCAACCGUGCUGCAGGUGCCUUCCAGCAGCAGGAUCAAAAUCGCGUCCAGUCUCCGCAAGGACUGGGCGGUGAUAGCAUCGGGCUCCCCUAUAACAUGACCGUCGCCCAGGUCGACUCGCCAGUUACCGUAGCUCCCCCGGGCGGUAUUAACCGGGCUGCCACCGAGGGCAACGGGCGACAAGGGUUCGGCUUCUUCAGCAGCAAGAAACCAAACGUACCCAAGUCGACAUCUGUUACGAAUGUCUCAGCGCCUGCCGUUGCCGAAGCCCCUAGCACCCUGUUCGGCUCGGAUUUGGUCGAGCGGGCCGAUUAUGAGAAGCGUCAGAUACCCAGUGUCGUGACACGCUGCAUUGAGGAGGUGGAGCUACGCGGCAUGGACAUUGAGGGGAUCUACCGGAAGACUGGCGGCAACUCGCAGGUCAAGAUGAUACAGGAAGGGUUCGACAAGAAUGAGGACUUUGACAUUUCAGACCCGGCUCUGGAUAUCACGGCGGUCACGAGCGUCUUGAAACAGUAUUUCCGCAAGCUGCCAAACCCGCUGCUUACGUUUGAGGUUUACGAGCGCGUGCUGGAGUCGAAUGUGAUCCAGGACGCAACCGAGCGCUGCGCGCACCUGAGAAAAACAAUCAACAUGCUGCCCCCUAAGCAUCGCGACUGUCUCGAAUUCCUUAUGUUCCACCUCGCCCGCGUGGCGAGUAGGGAGAGGGAGAAUCUGAUGUCGCCCAAGAACCUUGCCGUCGUGUUCGCCCCGACAAUCAUGCGGGACCACAGUCUUGAAAAAGAGAUGACGGACAUGCACGCCAAGAAUAUGGCCGUGCAGUUCCUGAUUGAGAAUAGCAACACCAUCUUUGGCGAGGCUUGA